CAGGACGCCUCGCGUGCCGAGACCGGAGAGCUUACUCCAUAGCAAAAGCAUGGGCCUCGACGCCGCGACCGCGGCCGAGGUCGCCGCGGUGGUCGCCCUGGCGGUGCUGAUCGUGGCCAUCGUCGCCGCCUCCGCGGGCGCCUGCGCCGCGGGUCGCGACGCCGCGGUGCACGACGUCGAGCUGGCGCUCGGGGCCGACACGCUAGUGACGUACGAGCAGGCGAGGGUACCGCGGCUGCCGUCGGCGGAGGAGAAAGAGCGCUGCGCGCUCUGCCUGUCGGAGUACGCCGCGGCGGACGAGCUCGUGCGGGUGGUGCCGGCGUGCGGGCACUUCUUCCACGCGGAGUGCGGCGUCGACGGCUGGCUCCGGAAGCGCGGGACGUGCCCGCUCUGCCGCGGUGGCGUCAGGCCGCUGCCGAAACCAGAGUGCCCGCCGUUGCCGCCGCGAGCGCGCGGCAACGGCCACGGUGCGAGCUCCGUCGCCAUAAUGGGUCAAUCUGCUUGCACAUUAGGCCCACUUACCAUUGUUGAUUAGCU